AUGGGCAAGAUGAAGAAAACACGCAAGUUUGCCGAAGUAAAACGGCUACUAAACCCUAAGGAUGCCGAACCGCCUGCUAAACGCCAGAAGACCGAGAAGAAGGAGGAGGAAGUGCGUCACGUCGAGAAGGUAUCGUCGGCACUUUUCUUCCGUUACAACACACAACUAGGUCCUCCGUACCAGGUUCUCGUGGACACCAACUUUAUCAACUUUUCCAUCAGGAACAAGAUUGACCUGGUUCGCGGUAUGGUGGACUGCCUUUACGCUGAGUGCAAGCCCUGCAUUACGGACUGCGUCAUGGCUGAGCUGGAAAAGCUCGGUCAGAAGUACCGCGUGGCACUCAAGGUGGCAAAGGAUCCCCGGGUGGAGCGACUUCCCUGCAGCCACAAGGGCACGUACGCUGAUGACUGCAUCUGCCAGCGGGUGCAGCAGCACAGGUGCUACAUUGUGGCCACAUGCGAUCGGGAUUUGAGGCGCCGCAUUCGCAAGAUUCCUGGUGUUCCGAUCAUGUACCUUCAGUCGCAUCGCUACACGAUAGAGCGGCUACCGGAGGCUACGAUGGGAGGUGCACCCCGGACGUAGAAGAGCGACUCACGAGCCAAAGGACUGAGGAUUGCCAAGUUAUUAAUGGAAUGGAAGAGGAUGGUUGGGGGAGGGAUGGGGGGACAAAAAAUUGUUUGUGAUGGGGCUUCAGGGGGAAGUGCUUCAAGUGGGCCGGUGGGGACGAGGUAUAUCACGAGCGACGGGGAUGAGUGGGCGGUAAGGACGGGAUAAAGUUACAAGUUCCACACACACGUGUAGGGGUGUUUGUGAAAGCCAGGGGGCCCAUGGACAGAAGAGGGGGACAAGAGGCCCCCGUUCGG